AUGGCGGCACGAUUCCUGCCAGUUGCAGCGCUGACUGCUGUCCUUGGGCCAAUGAUUGGGAAUGGCUUGUCUUGGGCACAAAUAACUGCAGGUUGCACCGCCAAUUCCUUCACAACACCGAGCUGGCUUGUCCAAGAUUUCACUUCUCAGAUAGCAGGGGACCUUACGGUUGCCGCGUUCCACGCGCUCAACAGGGCUACAAACGUUACAACAGAACUGAGAUGCACUUCAACCACCCCAACAUCGGGAUGGCAGAGCUGCCGGAGCAGGAAUCAGACUGAGCAACCGCUCAUCGCGUCUUUCCAGGCCGACACCUCGACGGCCUGGUUUCUGUUCAAUGAGACAUGGCCUUGCAAUGACCUGACCCCAAGUCAACCGCUCACCUUCUCGGCCCUUGGUAACAGCUCAGUCGCCCUGAACUGCACAACGGAUGAGAGCAAAACCACGACAUGCCAUUCCGCAACACCACUGCUCGCCAAAGCUGCCCUUUCCUCUCCUGUCAAGAUUACCCCAUCAUACGUGAGUGGGCCGCCGGGACAUGACACUCCAGGCUGCACGGCCGACUCGGGGACGCCGGCCUGGGAGGUGGUCGCCAGCCAGAUAAAUCUCCGAAAAGUGUCAGGACUGCGCCAGUCCGGAAACGCUUUCGUCAUAAUCAAGAACGACCACCUAGGGUACACGGCUUCCUGCGGUGGGACUCUGACCGCUGCCAGUGGGCCACAACCAUUAUCAUGCGAAGGCCAAAUCGCAUAUCGCCGCCCCGACAAGUACCAAAUCCACACGGAGCUCUCCUUCGACCCCGACAACCUCACCCUCGGUAUCAACCAAACCUGGUUCUGCGACGACCAAGCCCAGCCCAGCCGUAAGCCACAACCCCCUUCCCCCCUCCCACCUCCCAGCAUAGUACCCACCCACCAUUCCGCACCCCCACCCCCACCCCCCAGCAUCUCCAUCACCGGCAGCGGCACGACCCCCCUCCCACUCGAAUGCACCGUCUUCAACCAAACCGCCACCGAAACCACGACCUUCUGCUCCGGCGGCACGACGGACGGUCCCGUCCGCGGCAACGCCACCGCGCGCGCCCUCCUCCCACCCUUUUCCCUCAACGACCCGCUCCCGACCGCCGAGAGCUGCACCAUCUCGUCGCUGGUCGCGCCCGCCUGGUGGUUCAACGGCUUCGAGACCAACACCACCACGGCGCACAGCGAGACGGUCACGGCGCGCUUUGGGAUGGAGUUGCAGACGGCGGGGGAGGCGUCGGGGAAUUUUGCGAUUGUGGUCGUGGAGGGGGUGGAAGUGGGUGGGGGGGAGGCGAAUAGCUCGGCGGAGCUGCCGUGGAAUAGGUGCGUGUUGGAGUCGGUGGGGGAUGUUGCGCUGGCGCCGACGGGGUGUGAGUUGAGGUAUGAUAUGGCGAGUGGGUUUUUGGGGUUGCGGGUGAAUUGGACGUGUGCGGAUUUGGAUCGGGGGAGUCCAGUCUUGUUCGGCGGAGAGGUGCGCACUCUGGUGCCUGAGCUCACCUGCGUCACGUCGGGGACGGAUAUACGCUGUGCUUCGCCAGUUGUAGAGCCGUGGAGGGCAAAUGUCACGUCGCUGACUUGGAAGUAG